AUGGAACUUAAGAGAAAGCCUCCAACCAGCUUACUCGACCUCCUCGAGGGUCAACCGGGGAAGGGUGCGCAAGGGACACCGCAGUCUAAUGUUCCAUCUCCACCACCUCAGCCCCAGACCAUCCAGGCCAGGUCAUCCUCCACCAAGUCGCAGCCACAAUCUCCUCGCCCCAAACUUCCUGCUCCUCCUCAAUCAGCUCUGCCUCCCCGGCCGGAGCCUACUGACUCAAAGAGAAAGAGGAGUCCCAAGGGUAAGGAACCUAUGGGCGGGGGAAAAUCUCAAUCUUCUAAGGAGAGGGAUGAAGCCCCGCGUGUGAAACAAUUAAAGAUUGGGCACCAAAGCAAGGGUAAAGAGACCGAAGCCCAAUCUGCCCAAAGCAAGGGGAAGGGGACCGAGGCCCAAUCCUCGCCAAGCGCCUGGCUUCCCGCCCCAAUGCUCCACGGGGGGCCACUGCUGGAAACCGCGUCCAUGAGGGACCUUGGAGAUGGCGAGGGCGGUUAUGUGGCCGACGCUUUAGGGAGAACCAUGCUACUUCCCACCGACGUGGAUGAGUUGAAGAAAAUGAGGAUACAGGAGGUUUUCCUCAGUAUGAAGAGGUACUUGGGUAUGGCUCUCCAGGCCACCCAUAGGAUGGAGGAGGAAGUUAACAAGCAGAGUAAGGCCACCGAGAAUGAACGCUCCAAACGCAUAUGCGCCGCGCGGACUCUCAAAACUUCCGAGGACGACCUCGCAAAGGCUAAAGAGACCUUAAAGGAGGCUAUCCGAGAGAGGGAUAGCACCUCAGCGGGUUUAGAUGGUGCCCAAAAACAGGCCGAGGAACAGACAAAACGUCUACUCGAAGCCGAGGAUCAGUUUCAAAUAGCCAAGAAGCAGAUCAGUGAUUUGACGAAAAGACUGAUCAUGGCAGAAAAUGCUAAAGGUGUGGCGGAGUAUGCCCGGGACGAAGCCGUGAGGGCCAAGCAAGAGGUUGAGUUUGCCAGAAAUGAGGCUGAAGCUGCUAAGGACCAGGCCGAGGAUGAGGGUUACAAUACGGGGGAAGAGGCCUUAAAGCGAGCUGGGGUGGAUGCUUCGUGUGAUUUGUGGAAGGCGGAGAGCAUAUUUUACCCUCCAGCCAUCCUCGAGGUCGCCUCCGCCAGCUCCCAAGCUGUGAGCAAUCAACACGAGGCAGGGGUUACUCAGUUAGAAGUUGCACAGACCAGCGUCCCUCCUGGCGAGUCGCUUAAAGGGGGAGAGCUUCAUGAUGUGAUAGAAGCACCUGGAAGUAUAGAUCCUGAGGUGCCCAAAGAGGAUGCCGAGCCUACGGUCAACGCUCAGAUCCCUGAUGCCGACGAGCCAGCCCUCCUUGCCCAGCCCUUGCAGGCAAUUCCCCUCACUAAGGUCCCCAAGAGUACCGACACCGAUCCUGCUCAGCCUUCCCCAAAAGGGACUGUCAUCCAAGGCGUCGAAGCUAAUCCUGUUCGGCCUUCCCAGGAUGUGGCCGACAUAGAAUUGAAGAAGUAG